ACAGGUGUGUGAGGAACGCGGCUUACCUGGUCACUGUUGCGGGCACUCAGGACCAGGGACUAGAAGAGCCACGGUCAGUGACCUGGAACCCAGGGACUCAGGACUCGGGGACCCGGGACCCAGGGAACCGGGACUAGAGACUAACGACCCGGGACCCAGGGACUAGGGACUCAGGACUCGGGGACCCAGGGGACAGGGGGCCCGGGACCAGGGACCAGGAGGAGGAGGAAACGCGGCUCCGGUGGAGACGAGGUGAGGCAUGUUCUGGUGUGGGUGAGCCCCCCCUCACCCAUCCCCCCCCCCCGCACCAUGCGGGCGCUACUGGGGGGCCAGGUGACGUUGGUGAGCGCCCUGAUCUGCGCUCACCUCAAACUCACCUCACUCUGCCCGACAGGGGAGAGGUGGAGCGACCCCCCCGCGGCCCUGGCCACGGCACCCUUGGGCGCAGCAUGGGGGGGGGCGCUGGAGGUCACGUGGGGGCGCCCCCCCCGAGCCUCGCUGCCCAUCACGUGGUACCAGGUGUGGGCGCACGGGGACCACGUGGCCAGCGUCAACGCCACUGCGCCCGGGGAUGACUCUGGGUCAGAGCGGCUGAGAGUGGAGCUCAGCGGCCUGGAGCCCAACACCACAUACUCCAUCGAGGUUUUCCCGGUGUCUGUGUCCGGAAGCUGUGUCUCCCAGGGUCCUGCAGCCUCAAUCAACGUCACUCUGGCCUCCUCCACGCGCGUGGACUCGCGAGGACUCCUCAACUGCAACGGCACGUGCCUCUCGGAGGAUGCCCGCACGGCGCUCAUUGUGGUGCCGCUCGUCAUCGGCAUCCCCACGGUGGUCCUGGUGGCCCUGGUGCUCUGGAAGGGCUGCUCGCGGUGGGACCCGCCCGGCGGCGGCACCGGUGGCGACGGGGCGCAGCUCAAGAACGUCCAGGGGCCACCCUCGACCCCGGGGCGGCCCGGCGGCACCCUGGGGAGCUCCACGGGCGAGCAGACCCGCGCCACGUGGACCCCGCCCGACAAGACGGCCGGCUGAUCGGUCGGGGCUGGGGUCUGGUCGGGAGGGGUCGGAGGUCAAGGGUCAAGGGUAGGGGUUGCCACCUUUCCGCGGUGGGGGGGGGGGGGGGGUCAGAGGGAGGGUUCAUCUCGCGCUGCCCCGACGCAGAUUUCCCCCCAGCGCGUUCCUGGGGAAACCAGGACAGGUGGCAACUCUGCGGCAGUGAAACCCCUCUGUGAGGGUUCGGGGGGUGAGGUUACCCCCUCGGUGCUGAGUGGUACCGUGGAGUACAGAUUGGUCCUUGGAACCCUGGGGUUGGGAGUGGGGGGCGGGGUUCAGCGGUGAGGUGGAGGUGACCCCCCCCCCCCCGCGAUACCCACGGGAAGCUCGCGAAUGCUGCGCGACUUGGAGCGGCCCGACAGUUCGUGGUCGCACGCAAAUGAGCGAGGCGCCGAGCGGCAGAGAGAGUGACUUUCUAGUGGAAUUCAAAUCGUGUCUGGGGACGCACCGUGACGAGCCGUGGCUCUGGAGAAUGAGACUGCGAAGUGAUGGUCUCUCUCUCGCUGUCUCUCCGUGUCUCUCCCUGUCUCUCUCUGUCUCUCUCUGUCUCUCUGUGUCUCUCCUUGUCUCUCUCUGUCUCUCUGUGUCUCUCCCUGUCUCUCUCGCUGUCUAUCUGUGUCUCUCUGUGUCUCUCCCUGUCUCUCUCUGUCUCUCUCUGUCUCUCUGUGUCUCUCUCUGUCUCUCGAGUUAUCCACGGGUUGAAACGGAACCGACUUGCAACGUGACUCGCUUGUCAUCGCACUCCGCCAGACGUGGGUGUGUUGAAGUUCUUUCGCACCGUACGUAGUCAACCGUGCUAAUCGAAGGUGCGGGGGAAGGACAACGAACUAAGCACAAAAAGCAUUCGGCCAAUCGUUCACCCAUUCAUUCAUUCACCGAUGCACUCAUUCACUCACCAACCCAUCAUCUCACCCACUCACUCGUUAAUUCACCCACCUUCUCACUCACCCACCCAUCUACCCAAUCAUUAACUCACUCACUGAUCCACUCACCCGCCAUCUCAUUCACCCACAUAUUAAUUAAUCCACUCAUUCAUCCGGUCUGCGAGUUCUCACCUGGUGAAACACAACUGACUUGACUUGGUCACCCACCCACUCGCCCACACACUCACCCAUCAACCCCACCCACUCACCCACCCACUCACCUACCCACUCACCUACCCACUCACCUACUCACCCACCCACUCACCCACCCACUCACCUACCCACUCAGCUACUCACCCACCCACUCAGCUACUCACCCACCCACUCAGCUACUCACCCACCCACUCAGCUACUCACUCACUCACCCACCCACUCACUCACCCACCCACCCACCCACUCACCCACCCACUCGCCAACCCCACCCACCCAUCCACUCAUUCACUGCCCUGGCCUCCGAGCUCUCACCGGGCCACAACACACGCGCCACGGAGCGCGCGCCAACACCGCCGCUCGGUGGCUGCGUUUUUGGAUCGAGAUUUUAAACAAAAAACUUCUUACCCCUCCGCCCCCACCCCGUGUAGCCUUAACAGACUGCUGGGGCAAGUGCUGUUAGCGAGUAGCAGCACCUGUGAAGGCCGGCACGGCGCACGAGGGGGUGGGUGGGUAAGUAGCCAGCACCACGCACGGGCCGCCUUUGUCUCCCCAGCGGCGAUGUUGACACGCCGCACCAGGCACUCAUUUGAGGCUGAGUCGACCUAGGGGACGGAGGCCCAGGAACCGUUCGGGUUCGUAGCGCAGUGAGCUAACCGCUGCGCCACCGCUCCCCACAGCCACUCCGAA